AUGGUACAUUAUGUUAUCUUUAUAUCGUUUGUAAUUGUGGUUUCAUACAUUAUGUCUCACAUAAACAAGAUACCUGCCAAGAAAAUUGGACUCCAAAAGAGUACUAAUUUCGGAUUUAAUGUUCCUUGGAUCACAUAUGCCAACGCACAAUAUCCGACAACGGAAGAGAUUCGUUUCCUUGAGGAUGAAAAAAAACCACAAGAUUUGGCUAAUAAUGAAAUAUUUUCAUCAAAAUUGGCGUUGGUUAAUGAUCAGAUAGGCAAUGUGCAGAUAGCUGAUGACAUAUUUGUUAAAGAUAUAUCAUUGAUCGUCGUAGAUACUGAAGGAUUAGCAUAUAGAACCAACUUUUCUAGGAAUUUGGUUUGGGUGUCAAGGUUAACUAAGAACAUGUUGAAAAUGAACAAACCUUCUCUAGAAAAAUACCAAGUUUGUGCAAUAGAGGACAUCGCAGGAAAGAAAAUCACCAGAAAAAGAAUAGUUGAGAAUGAUAUAUUUUCUGAAAGAAAAGAUAGAAAUGCUAACGAUAAAAAAUAUAAGGGCCCGAAUGAUAUGUUUACACGUCAUUUGGUUCCAAGUUAUGAUGGAUAUGUAUAUUAUGUCGAUGAACACCAUACAAAAUUAUUGCAGAUACAUGUAAAAGAUAUUGUCAAUUAUACCCCUCUUUAUACACAUUUACUUGAGGGUGUUUAUCUCCAAGGCCACAGAAAAUCAACUAUAUUAGCAUUAGAUUUUGAAACAGGUGACCAUAUUAUGCGUCACAACACUGGCGGUCCAGCUAGCGAUGAAUAUGAAGUCGAUUAUAUCAUGCCAAAUAUAGAUGAGAAAAGGCAGCAAAUACACAUUGGAUAUACAGAUUGGUCUGUAAAGGCUUAUAGUGAGAGAAAACAUCAAGAAAUCUGGAGCUUUAAUUGGCGUGAAAUUGGUUCUGUGAAUACCGAAAUGAAAAAUGAUCAUAUAGUUCAGAAUAUCAGGAAUAUAAUUACUGUGAAUAACAAUAAUUUGCGUUUUAAUAUAUCAGGGCUAUCUAAAUCUGAAUCUGAAUUACAGUUUCCCUUCCCAAUAACGUCGGUAUUCGCUGUUUUUGAAAGUAAAAGGGAUGGAAUUCAUACUUUAGAACUAAUAAGCAGAAUACCACUUCCGCCUCCUACGCAAUUUUUGCUACCACAUCCUAUAAAUUCGCAUUCUACAUUGAGACUCUCGAGCUCUAAUAAUAUAAAGGGUAAAUCCUUAUUUAUUAAUGAUGACAUUAUAAAGGUAGUUGAUUCUUACAGACCGGAUAAUGGAAUUGUAUUGAAAAUUAUGGAUAGUAUAAAUCACAGGAAUUUAGUGAUUAAAGAGUUGUACGAUAAUAAGCCAAAACCAGGUAUUGAUGAAAGCACUACAUUUCUGCUAAAGUGGUGGUGGUUAUUAAUAUCUUGGGUAAUAGCCAUCGUUUUAACACCAUUGGUAUGGAUUUAUAGGAGAGUGCGUAAACAAGUGCACAAACAUUUUGAUAACCCAAUUGAUAAUAAAAGUACAAAUAAUAACAUUGAUAUGCUCAGUAGUAACUCAUCGCAAGAAUCUUCUAAAUCGGAUUUUAGUGAGCCAGAUAAUAUUUCUCUUGAUCGUUAUUCCGACGUUAAUCUCUCCGUGGAUCACAAACUUUCUACCGAACUCAGGCGUGCCAAAAGUGAGGGUAAUUUUUUCACAAAUGAACAAGAUGAUCCAUUUUCUAAGUCCGUUUGGAUAGAAGAACAAAGUCUUAUUAAUGUUUUUGGUUCAACAAAACAGAAUAAAUUCCAAAGAGGAAAUAUUCUAACAAAAUCAAAUAAUGGUAGUGUUUUGAAUAAAAAGGAUGUAUUAGAAAAGGAAGCGAAUUCCAGUGCCCUUUCUGUCAUACCCAGUACUAGUAUACUUGCAAAAUUUCUGGAAAAUGGCCGUUUUUUGCGAACCUUCGAGUGUAUAAAACUUCUUGGUAAAGGAGGAUUCGGAGCUGUUUAUAGAGCUCAGCACCGUUUAGAACCUGGAAAUCCCAUUUAUGCUGUUAAAUUUGUUCUUCUUAGGCUUAAAGCCAGUGAAGAUUUAAGCUCUAGGCGUUAUUUUAGAGAAGUUGCGGCGAAUCGUGAUAUUUAUAGUAAAUAUGUGGUUCGAUAUUAUACGUGGUGGUGUGAAGAACCACAUUUUCUACCACUAGCUCAAAUGACUAGAGAGCUUCAGAUCGCUGCAGCAAAUAAUGUUCGUCAUUUAAUAGAUACAAAAGCUAUAUCUGCUCAAAAAUCUAGGGAACUGGAUGAUUAUUUACAGCAAUAUCACGACAUAGUAUGUCAAUACAUUCAAAAUCCCAGUUCGGAUGACGCAUUUCCUAACUUUAGUAAAAUAGCACAAAGUAUUAAAAAUAGGGUCUCUAAGAUACCUAAACUAUUUAUAAGGAGAAAUAGAAGACAAAAUGUUCAGGAACGUGGUAGCUCGUGUGCUGCUAAACGCAAUAAUACAUCCAAGGGUAAUUCCAAUGAUUCGUCUGAAUUUCCUUACGCAAGUGAAGGAAGCCAUAUUCAAUUCAAGGAAACCAUUGAGGAGGGAAAUCAGAAAUUAUCAAGUGACACCGAUAAAUCUAGUUUUAGCGUUAUAAAUACAAAUACCCCAAAAGAGCAAGAAAAACAAUUUCCGGUUGUUCUUUUGAUCCUUAUGGAAAUGUGUAACGGUUUUACCUUGAGACAAUGGCUAAAUAGACCAUCUAGAAGUGAUAAACCCCUUGAAUUUUUGAAGGGUCACAAUGGAAAGACAGUAGAAUUUGAACUUUUCAAGCAACUUAUAAAGGGUUUAAGGGAUAUACAUAGCAACUGCUUCAUACACCGUGAUUUAAAACCAGAGAAUAUAUUUGUGGAUUUGAAAACACACGCAUUAAAGAUUGGAGAUUUAGGCUUGGUUGGAUUUAUUGAGGAAAAUUCACAUUCAUCUGUAUCUGGAACAAUUACAAGUGCGAAGGCACAUCUCCUUAGUGAUGCAACACAAGUAUCUGUUAGAGGACAGGUGAUUGGAACCCCUGGGUAUACGGCGCCAGAAGGUGGUGGUAACUGUACUGAAAAGGCAGAUAUAUAUUCAGCAGCUUUGAUUCUACUGGAGCUUUUGUGUCCAAGAUUCAACACGGUUAUGGAACGACUAGACACCCUGGAAAACUUUAGAAAAUCACAUGAUGCGCCACAAUUUAUCAAAAUAGACCUUAAACCAUGGUAUGAACUAAUGGUGCACAUGGCCGAUCAAUGCCCAGAGAAAAGACCAUCUGCUGAGGAAGUAUAUCAGCGCCUAAAAAUCAUACUCAAGUCAUAA